AUGGUUCUCAGAGAUGAUAAGAGACCACCCAUCCUCUGUCCCUCCAAAUCCCUCCAAAACGCAUACCUAUAUAAAGCCGUUAAUCGCAGUGUUCUGCCUGCGUUCCAAAAAGUAACAAAGAAACCAAACAAUAUAAAAAUAAAAAAAAAAUUAAAAAUUUUAAAAAAAUCGAUAAACAAAGAAAGGGCAAUGGAGAUUAUCGAAGGUGUCUCCGGCGCCCACUUCUCCGGUUGGCGGCCAUCAUCGACGGUGCCUUCUGCUCCUACUUCUCCCAGCGCUCCAUCUCAACCCUUCGUUAUCGGGGUCUCUGGAGGCACUGCAUCGGGGAAGACCACAGUGUGUGAAUUGAUCAUUCAACAACUUCAAGAUCACAGAGUUGUUCUUGUUUGUCAGGACUCAUUCUACCGUGGACUAACAAAUGAUGAGCUGAAACACGUUCAUGAGUAUAAUUUUGAUCAUCCUGAUGCAUUUGAUACAGAGCAACUUGUAGAAACCCUGAGCAAGCUCAAAUCUGGGCAAUCAGUUCAGGUUCCAGUAUAUGAUUUCAAGCUCCAUCAGAGAUCUUCUGAUGUUUACCGAUUGGUGAAUGCUUCUGAAGUAAUCAUUAUGGAGGGUAUAUUGGUUUUUCAUGAGCAAAGAGUCCGAGACAUGAUGAAUAUGAAAAUAUUUGUUGAUGCUGAUCCUGAUGUAAGGCUUGCCCGAAGAAUAAGACGUGACACGGUUGAAAGGGGUAGAGAUGUACACUCUGUACUGGAACAGUAUGCAAAAUUUGUUAAGCCUGCAUUUGAAGAUUUUAUUCUUCCAUCCAAGAAGUAUGCUGACAUUAUCAUACCUCGUGGGGGAGACAAUGGAGUAGCGAUCGACUUGAUAGUUCAACAUAUUCGCACCAAGCUUGGCCAACAUAACCUCUGCAAGAUAUAUCCAAAUUUGAAUUUGAUAUUCUCUACUUUUCAGACUAGAGGCAUGCAUACUAUUAUUCGUGACAAGGAUGUCUCAAAGCAUGAUUUUGUUUUUUAUUCUGAUCGGCUAAUUCGUUUGGUAGUGGAACACGGUCUUGGUUACUUGCCAUUUAAAGAGAGACAUAUUAUCACCCCUACAGGAGCAACUUAUACCGGAGUUGAGUUUUGUAGGCAAUUGUGUGGGGUAUCCGUCAUACGAAGUGGUGAAAGCAUGGAAAAUGCUUUGCGUGCAUGCUGUAAAGGUAUAAAAAUAGGAAAGAUACUCAUCCACCGUCAAGGUGAGGAAACCCAGCUUAUCUAUGAGAAGCUUCCAAAAGAUAUUUCAGAGAGACAUGUUCUUCUGAUGGAUCCUGUACUUAGUACGGGUAACACCGCCAGCCAGGCAAUUGAGCUUCUUAUAAAGAAAGGGGUUCCAGAGUCCAAUAUAAUAUUCCUCAACCUCAUCUCUGCUCCUGAGGGAAUAAAUUGUGUAUGCACACGUUUUCCGCACCUCAAGAUUAUCACUUCGGAGAUUGAAGAGGGACUAAAUGACGAGUGCCAUGUGAUACCAGGUUUAGGAGAAUUUGGUGACCGCUAUUUUGGUACAGACGAUUAGCUUGAAAGCAAAACAGAACGUUGCAGCAGAAAAAUACAUAUAUAUAAUUUUUUGGUGUUUAACACUGAAGUGACUAAUAAACACGCCCGCCUUUUGUUGUUUAAGAGGG